AUGGCUCCCAAGAUCGCGAUUGUUUACUACUCCAUGUACGGCCACAUCAAGAAGAUGGCCGAUGCUGAGUUGGAAGGUAUCAAGGAGGCUGGUGGUGACGCCAAGCUCUUCCAAGUCGCCGAGACCCUCCCCCAAGACGUCCUCGACAAGAUGUACGCACCCCCCAAGGACGCCUCGAUCCCCACCCUCGACGACCCCGCCGUCCUCGAGGAAUUCGACGGAAUCCUCUUCGGCAUCCCCACCCGCUACGGCAACUUCCCCGCACAAUUCAAGACCUUCUGGGACAAGACCGGCAAGCAAUGGCAACAAGGUGCCUUCUGGGGCAAGUACGCCGGUGUCUUCGUGUCAACCGGUACCCUCGGUGGUGGCCAGGAGACCACUGCUAUCACCAGCAUGAGCACGCUUGUGCACCACGGUUUCAUCUACGUGCCGCUCGGAUACAAGACAGCGUUCAGCAUGCUUGCUAACCUCGACGAGGUUCACGGUGGUAGCCCUUGGGGCGCUGGUACCUUCUCCGCUGGUGACGGCAGCAGACAGCCCUCUGAGCUUGAGCUUAACAUUGCGAAGGCUCAGGGUAAGGCUUUCUACGAGGCGGUUGCCAAGGCCCACCAGUGA